AUGGGCCCAGGCAGCCCCCGAGGCCUGCCAUCCGUACUGGGAGGCCCUAGGCUGGCACAAGUCCGCGCUGGCCACUCGGAGGGGGAAGGGGCACUCAGGGAGCCAGCGCAGCUGACAGGGUCCAAGACGUCCUGCUGGACGCUGGGCAGAGGAGGUCCUGCGUCAGGGGUGGCCCCUGCGCCUGAGCGCUUGGAAGUGGCAUCAGGAGCAGGGCUUCUGCGGGCGGGGACGCCGACGGGCGAGGCAGCGAGCGGGCCGAGUAGGGCCCAGCGGCCCGCCUGCGCGGGGUGGGCCGCGGGGGCGGCUCGAGUCGCGCUCCUGGUGCUGGGGGCGCCCCUGGCUCUGGCUGGCGAGGACUGCCUGUGGUACUUGGACCGGAAUGGCUCCUGGCAUCCGGGCUUCAACUGCGAGUUCUUCACCUUCUGCUGCGGGACCUGCUACCAGCGGUACUGUUGCCGGGACCUGAGCCUGCUCAUCACCGAGAGGCAGCAGAAGCACUGCCUGGCUUUCAGUCCCAAGACCAUAGCGGGCAUCGCCUCGGCCGUGAUCCUCUUCGUGGCCGUGGUCGCCACCACCAUCUGCUGCUUCCUCUGCUCCUGCUGCUACCUCUACCGCCGGCGCCAGCAGCUGCAGAGCCCGUUCGAAGGCCAGGAGAUCCCCAUGACAGGCGUCCCUGUGCAGCCAGUGUACCCAUACCCCCAGGACCCCAAAGCCGGCCCCGCACCCCCACAGCCUGGCUUCAUGUACCCACCCAGCGGUCCUGCACCCCAGUAUCCACUCUACCCGGCGGGACCCCCCGUCUACAACCCUGCAGCUCCUCCCCCGUACAUGCCACCCCAGCCCUCCUACCCUGGAGCCUGAGGAGCCAGCUGCGUCUCUGCCGUCUCUCAGGAGACUGAGCCUCCGCCCGGCCCCGGGGGUGGGCAGGGGCAUCUGCUCGCCAGGCCCCAGGCCCAGCCGCACCCUGAGACCUUCUGGGAACGGAGCCCCAGGGAGGAGGAACAGGAGCUGAGCUGGAACUUGGCCGUGACUGAGGGGCGGGGAGGGAGGGCCUGGGACACUCGGACUAUUUUUAUCAGGGGUGGGGGAAGGGCAGGAAAGCCUGCAUGGCCCCUGCUUUCUUCCAGCCCUUCUCCUCCCAGGACCCCGGGCCAGGAAGGCUGGGCCCCUCCUGUUUGUCUGCCGUGGACUGGGGCUGGGGAGGCUCCACCAGCCGUGGGCAGAAGCCCCCCUGGCUGCUCCGCAGGCCGCACUCCGGGGGAUUAAAGCUGUGGUGACAUAACUC